GGAAAGCGCGCUGGCGCCUCAUUUGAAGUUGUGAGUGUGGUCAGGUCAGGACGACUCGGGUUGUUUCGGUUCGGUUCUGGUUCCCAAAUCGUUGAGCGAUGUUCAUCAAGUCGAUCGUGCUGGAGGGCUUCAAGUCGUACGCGGAGAGGACCGAGAUCAGCGGCUUCGACCCGCUGUUUAACGCCAUCACCGGGCUGAACGGCAGCGGCAAGUCCAACAUCCUCGACUCGAUCUGCUUUCUGCUCGGUAUUUCCAAUUUAUCGCAGGUCCGAGCGUCCAGCCUCCAGGACCUGGUGUAUAAGAACGGACUGGCCGGCAUCACCAAGGCCACGGUCUCCAUCACCUUCGACAACUCCAACAAGAAGCAGAGCCCGCUGGGGUUCGAGACCCACGACGAGAUCACCGUCACCAGACAGGUGGUCAUAGGCGGGAGGAACAAGUACCUGAUUAACGGCGUGAACGCCAACAACAUGCGCGUCCAGGAUCUCUUCUGCUCCGUCGGCCUGAACGUCAACAAUCCACAUUUCCUCAUCAUGCAGGGAAGAAUCACCAAGGUCCUGAAUAUGAAGCCCCCCGAGAUCCUGUCCAUGAUCGAGGAGGCGGCCGGUACCAGGAUGUACGAGUGCAAGAAGAUCAGCGCGCAGAAAACCAUCGAGAAGAAGGACGCCAAGCUGAAGGAGAUCCAGACGAUCCUGGACGAGGAGAUCACCCCCGCCAUGGAGAAGCUGAAGGAGGAGCGCUCGUCCUACCUGGAGUACCAGAAGCUGAUGCGGGAGAUGGAGCACCUGGGCCGGCUCUACGUGGCCUGGCAGUUCGUGUGCGCCGAGGAGACCGAGCUGAAGUCGGCCGAGGGGCUGCAGCUGAUGCACGGCGCCGUCGGGACGCUGCGGGAGGGCGUGGGGCGGAACGCCGGGCGCGUCGCCCAGCUGCUGGAGGAGAUCCGGGCGCUGGAGAGGAGCCGGGACAAGGAGGUGGCGGGGGUGCUGAAGACCCUGGAGGAGAACCUGGCCGAGGCUCAGCGGGUGGACACCAAGGCUCAGAGCGCCCUGGACCUGAAGAAGCAGAACCUGAAGGACGAGACCAAGAGAAGGAAGGAGCUGGUCCAAAACAAGGAGGAGGACAUGAAGGUCAUGUCGGCGAAGGAGAAGGAGGCGGCCAAGGCCACGGAGCGCCUGGCGGCCGUGCAGGAGGAGGGGCGGAAGGACGGCGAGGAGCUGGAGGCGGCCCGGCAGCACUUCAAGGCCGUGUCGGCCGGCCUCUCGGCCAACGAGGACGGCGAGGCGGCGACGCUGGCGGGGCAGAUGGUGACCUGCAAGAACGACACGAGCAAGGCCGAAACCGAGGCCAAACAGGCUCAGAUGAAGCUCGGACACGCCCAGCAGGAGCUGAAGACCAAGCAGGCUCAGGUGAAGAAGAUGGACGGCGGGUAUAAGAAGGACCAGGACGCCUCCGAGGCCGUGCAGAAGUGCAGAGAGAAGCUGCAGGCCGAACUCCACAAGCUCAACUACGAGGACGGUCGUGAGGAGCACCUGAUGGAACAGCGCCGCCGCCUGUCCCGCGAGGUCAAUCACCUCCGAGAGAAAUACGAGUCCUUCAUGGGUCAGUUCCCCAACCUGCGAUUCGAAUACACGGAUCCCGAGAGGAACUGGGAGCGCAGCAAGGUCAAGGGUCUGGUGGCCAACCUGUUCACGGUGACCGACGUGUCCAACGCGACGGCCCUGGAGGUGGUGGCGGGCGGCCGGCUCUACAACGUGGUCGUGGACACCGAGGUCACGGGAAAGAAGCUUCUAGAGAAGGGGGAGCUGAAGCGCAGAUACACCAUCAUCCCUCUGAACAAGAUCGCGUCCCGGACCCUCAACGACGGCGUCGUCCGGGCCGCCAAAGACCUCGUUGGACCGGACAACGUCCACGCGGCCCUGUCGCUGGUGGGCUACGAGUCGGAGCUGCGCAAGGCCAUGGAGUACGUCUUCGGGACCACGCUGGUGUGCGACACCCUGGACGACGCCAAGAGGGUGGCGUUCGACAAGCGCGUCAGCACCAAGACCGUCACCCUGGGCGGAGACGUGUUCGACCCUCAGGGGACGCUGACCGGAGGCGCCCGCGCCCAGACGGCGUCCGUGCUCUCCAGGCUGGCCGAGGUGAAGGAGCUCCAGGACGACCUGAGGGCCAAGGAGAGGGAGCUGGCGGCCGCGGAGAAGGAACUCGGCGGGCUGAAAGGGACGGCCGAGAAGUAUCGACAGCUCAAGCAGCAGCUGGACCUGAAGUCCGAAGAGGCUCAGAUCCUGGAGACCAAACUCCAGCAGAGCUCCUUCCACAAGCAGCAGGAGGAGCUGGAGAACCUGCAAAAAACCAUCGAGGAGAGCGAGGAGAUCCUGAAGAAGACCAAGGAGGUGCAGGAGAAGGCCGAGGAGAAGUACAAGGUGCUGGAGAGGAAGAUGAAGAACGCCGAGGCCGAGCGGGAGCAGGAGCUCAAGGCGGCCCAGCAGAAGCUCAACCAGGCCAAGAGCAAAGCCGACGCCUUCGACAAGAGGUUCAAGGAGAGGCAGCAGGAGGCCGACGCCGUGGCCCUGGAGCUGGAGGAGCUGAGGAGGGAGCAGGCCGGCUACGAGCAGCAGGUCCAGGCGGUGGACGAAGCCAUGAAGGCCAUUCGGGAGCAGAUCGGCGCCAUGACGACCGAGGUGGCGGCCAACAAGGAGGCCGUACGACAGGCGCAGGAGCAGCUGACCAAGCAGAAGGAGGUGAUCCUGGGCCAGGAGAGGGAGAUGAAGGGGAAGAGCGAGGAGGCCAACCGGCUGGGCGAGCAGAACAACGAGGCGCAGCUGAAGAUCAAAGAGCUGGAGCACAACAUCAGCAAGCACAAGAAGGACAGCGCCGACGCCGCCGCCAGGGUGACCCGCAUGCUGGCCGAGCACGACUGGAUCUCGUCUGAGCGGCGUCUCUUCGGCCAGCCCAACUCGGCCUACGACUUCAAAACCAACAGCCCCAAGGAGGCGGGUCAGAGGCUGAAGAGGCUGGAGGAGACCAAGGACAAGCUGGAGAGGAACAUCAACCGCAAAGCCAUGAACAUGCUGAGCGAGGCCGAGGAGAGGUAUAACGACCUGAAGAAGAAGAAGAGGAUCGUGGAGAACGAUAAGGAGAAGAUCCUGGAGACCAUCAGAGAGCUGGACCACAAGAAGAACGAGGCUCUCAACGUGGCCUGGCAGAAGGUGAACAAGGACUUCGGCUCCAUCUUCUCCACCCUGCUGCCUGGCGCCGACGCCCGCCUGGCGCCCCCCGAGGGCCGCGGCGUCCUGGACGGCCUGGAGUUCAAGGUGGCGCUGGGCAACACGUGGAAGGACAACCUGACCGAGCUGAGCGGGGGCCAGCGCUCCCUGGUGGCGCUCUCUCUCAUCCUGGCCAUGCUGCUCUUCAAGCCCGCGCCCAUCUACAUCCUGGACGAGGUGGACGCCGCGCUGGACCUGUCGCACACGCAGAACAUCGGCCAGAUGCUGCGCACGCACUUCACCCACUCGCAGUUCGUGGUGGUGUCGCUGAAGGACGGCAUGUUCGCCAACGCCAACGUCCUCUUCAAGACCAAGUUCGUGGACGGCGUCUCCGCGGUGACGCGCACCGCCCAGUCACAAGAGGGUAAAGUCCUGGCCCAGAGGCAAGCGACCAAGACCAAGGACAAGCGCCAGCGCCACAUCCUGGUCAACUGAGAUGCCGCCGCCGCCGCCACCGCGCUUUUAAAUCCUUUAUUUUUGUUCAUAUUUUCUGUCCUGUUUCUUACUCCAGACUUUCUGCUUCACGUUUAUAUAAUCAAUAAAAUUUCAUCGAUAAUAA